CUCUUCUUCCCAUGGCUCAACGUGACGUGACACUGGGCGUGUCCGUGCCCUUUCUCCUCAAACGUUAAAACGUUUUUAUUUACUUCGGUUUAAAAUUCAAGGAAACAAAUCAAAUCGCUAAUUCUGACUAUAAACUUCGAAUUCAUCAUCUUCUUCUUCUUUCGAUCUCGCUCUUUCAAUCGAACAAGUCCUGGUGAUUUUUGGUUCAUAGAGUCUUAGUCCAUUGUCUCGUUUAGUGGAGGAUAUGGUGCAUGCAGAGUCAGUGAAACUUAGUUCCUUGAGCAAUGGUCAUGUUCCUCAGGAGAAACUAGGAGGAGACGUUUUGCAGAAUAGUACUAAUGUUCGUGUAACCGCUUCUACUAAGACGCUUAAGUUCAAGCGCCGCAAGGUUUUUGCUCAUAGAGACUUCCCUCCUGGCUGUGGAACCCCUUCCAUGAGGCUUAAGGCGAGGAUGGCAGAGAAUGUGAAUGUUGUUGGUGCUGAUGAUCACCACCCUAGUGUUCCGUCUUCUGAAGCUAACAUGAAUGUUGCUAACGCUGAUGACCCUUGCAAAGAGGAAAAAAAGUCUCAACAGCAUCCGCGUAACGACAUGGUACUAGUGGUAUUUGAAUCUCAUGUUGCUAAACAGGAACCGGAACCAAAGAAAGAGGAGUCUGGCGAAUUGACGGUGUAUACAAGUGAUCGACAUGUUGAGCCGGUGGCAGUUAAGCCGUUGAGGAUCUGUUUGCCAGAUGGAAACGAUAAAACCGCGGUUAAGUCAUCGUCAUCGGAACCAAAACGAACUCAUGGUGCAGUUAAAAGAAAAGCAACGAAAAGCGUUGCGUUUCAUGAACCGUUGAAGGUUGCCAAAAAGAUGAAUAUAGAUUACGGUGAAGGGUCUAAGAUGAAGAAGAAUUUGUAUGCGCGUGAGAGAGGAAGAAGUCCAGAUAGAGGGGAGCUACCUCGCCAGCCUCGGACGUUACAAGUUGGGCUUCCUCCUUCGCGUCCCAGUGGCUCAAGCGGCGGUGGUGAUAGCCGGACAAAAGUCAAGGAAACACUACGUCUUUUCUACGGAGCUUGUAGAAAGCUUUUACAAGAGGAAGAAGCAAAGCCUGUGAAGCAAAAGAGGUUCAGAGUAGACUGCGAGGCGGCCAAGAUUCUCAAGGAGAAAGGGAAGUAUCUCAACACCGGGAAACAUAUAAUGGGAGCUGUCCCUGGGAUUGAAGUAGGCGACGAGUUUCAGUACAGGAUGGAGCUGAACAUUCUCGGUAUACAUAAACCGAGUCAAGGAGGUAUUGAUUAUAUGAAGAUCGGUGAUGAAGUAUUUGCAACGAGUAUUGUAGCCUCCGGAGGGUACGAUGACGAGCUUGACAACACUGAUGUCUUGACCUACACGGGUCAAGGCGGAAACGUGAUAAAGAACAAGAAAGGAAAAGAAGUACCGAUGCCUGAAGACCAGAAGCUUGUAACUGGGAACCUCGCGUUAGCAAACAGCGUGAAGAAGAAGAACCCUGUGCGCGUCAUAAGAGGCAACAAGAAGGCCGUUUUGGAAUCAUCAGGUGAUAAGAAAGGUAGAAGCUAUGUGUACGAUGGAUUAUACGUUGUGGAGACGUUUUGGCAAGAGACUGGUUCGCACGGGAAGCUUGUCUUCAAGUUUAAGCUUAGGCGCAUGCCUGGACAACCCGAGCUCGCGUGGAAAGUGGUGAAGAACACAAAGAAGGCUGAGGAGCGCGUGGGUCUAUGCAGGAUCGACAUCUCGGAAGGGCAUGAGAGGCUUCCCAUCUGCGCUGUGAACGAGAUCGACGACGAGGAGCCUCCUUCUUUCAUCUACACGGUUAAGAUGAUUUACCCUGACUGGUGCAGACCGAUACCUCCGAAGGGAUGCCGCUGCACCAGACGCUGUGCAGAAGCGAAGGACUGCGCUUGCGUGGCGAAGAACGGAGGAGAGAUACCGUAUAACUACGAUGGAGCUAUAGUCAGUGCGAAGAAUCUGAUCUACGAGUGUGGCCCGCUCUGUAAAUGCCCUGCUUCUUGCUACCUAAGAGUCACGCAGAGAGGGAUCAAGUUCCCGCUCGAGAUCUUCAAAACCGAGUCGAGAGGAUGGGGAGUGAGAUCUCUCAGCUCGAUCCCUUCAGGUAGCUUCAUAUGCGAGUACGUAGGUGAGCUUUUAGAGGAUAAAGAAGCGGAGAGAAGAACAGGGAACGACGAGUAUCUCUUUGACAUUGGAAACAGAUACGACAACUCUUUAGCUGAAGGGAUGUCGAAGCUAAUGCCUGAGACGCAGCCGGCCAUGGGAGGAGAUGAUGAUGAGAUGAGCGGCUUCACCAUUGAUGCAGCGAGGAAAGGUAACAUAGGGAGGUUCAUAAACCACAGCUGCUCGCCGAACCUGUACGCGCAGAACGUGUUGUAUGAUCAUGAAGACACGAGGAUCCCUCACGUGAUGUUCUUCGCAAUGGACAAUGUACCUCCGCUUCAAGAACUCACGUACCACUACAAUUACAUGAUCGAUCAGGUACGUGACUCUAAUGGUAAUAUCAAGAAGAAAAUAUGCUACUGUGGUUCUUCUGAUUGUACCGGUAGGCUUUACUAAUCGAACUUGUGUCCCUGUUUAUGUCGGAUUCUUCUUGUUUUAUGUUUAGCUGAAGCGACAGUAUAUGUUACAGUUAGUGUUUUUAUUCAGAUCAUUGUUGUUUAAUGUUACUGAAUCAACAUUUUAUGUUACAUUGACUUGAAAUGUUCGAAUUUAGAUGAAA